CCUCAUGCCCGCGACGUCCACAAACGCGACCUCGAGCGCUGCUCGCACCUCGGCAAGCUUGAGCGCGCGGCCUACAUUCACGACAGUCGAUGUGCCCGCGCAUCCCGUCAUUACGACUACAAUCACCUCCAGUGGCUCGUCUGUGCCUACGUUCGCGACUGUCUCAGAGUCGCGGGGCGCGGAAGUACCCGUCGGAGCAAUAGCGGGGGGCGCGUCGGCGGGCGUAGUGCUCGCGCUCGCCGUGGUCAUCGGCUGGACGUGGUGGGGGAGGUCCAUUAAGCGGAAAAAGGCGAAGGAGAUCAAGGAAGCGUUGGCAGUCUUGCAGGUCAGGGAGAACACACGGAAGAAUGCGAGUACUUUGGCUCGGCCCGGAAGCCAGUACAGGCCUUCGUUCUCCCUCCGGAGCCACCAAGACCGGAGGGUUACGUUCGUGCCCUCUGUUCCGGUCUCCGGCGGGUCUACCUUGAAAGGCACUAUUGACUCGAAGACAUUGGGGGGUGAUGCAGAAAAGAGGGCUCUCCAGGAGACCACUGAUCCUCGCCCACCAACGCCUUCGGCCGCGGAAGUAGAGGCGCUUCAGGAGCCAGAGCCUGCGUUGCCGCCACCGGUGCCUCGUCGGAAUCCUUCGCGUUCACGCCCGCCAGUAGACUCCACAGUGUCCAAUGCACCAUCGUCAUUCGCGCAGCACCGCCUGGCUCACCAGCCCUCGACAGUCAGCUCUGCUUCCGCGUACUCGACUCAGAGCGCGGCGGAGGAGAGGCCGAGUGCUGGCGUUCCGUCAAGUUUGCUCUUGGCCUUGGGAAACGAAGACGUCCGACGGUCACUCCUUGCGAACUAUCUGCCAUGGACCCGUCAUCGGACCUCGACGGUGUCCCAGAACCGGUGGUCGGAGUACACCGGGUCUGUAUACUCGCAGUUCGACAAUGACCACCCUUGGGAGCCUGUGGGGUACGCAAUUGGCGACGAAGAAGAGCUGCCGAGGCGGUAGAAUCUGGAUCUUGGAUAUUCUUAUGGCUGGCUGGACUAACGGACUGUGACGGAUAUAUGAUGAACUAACGAAGAGUUGUAACGUGUACUCACCUUUACGUGCAUAGUGAUGGACCGUUCUAUACGCCAUACACUUACUGGGCCUCUUGUACUUUACGGCACGUCGGUGUAGGAGUCGAAAUUAAUAGCUGAACAUUCG